AUGUCCAAAAAAGUGGAUGUAGCGGCAGUCGCGGCUUCUGUUCAAGAGUUCUAUGCUACGAACAAUGCCGAGCGACGAAAACAACUCGACGAAGAUUUGUGCCUGUUCAAAAACAGGUUUUCAUGCGACGAUACUAUAGCCGCGUGUAUAUUGUUGAUGGGCCCUCGAUAUCCUGCAAAUGUACAAUAUUUCGGUGCCAUAUCUUUAUAUGAAACAAUCAGACAUCGGUACGAGGAGUGUGUUGCCAAUGUUACCUUGAUGGAAGUUUUGAAGUCCUUUCUAAUCGAAAAUUUGACAUCAAGUGCUCAUGUUCAAAUGCAGUCAAUCACGAAUAAAUUAUCGUCAGCAUUGGCUAUGCUUUCUCUGUAUUGCAUGCCAGAUGUGUGGCCUGAUCCUGUAGCUACUUUGACCAACAUCUGGGCAGCACAACCGGAGCUCCUUCUACGAGUACUUGCUGAAAUCGCUGCCGAAUUCUCGAAUAUCCACAUGCCGCUUACGCAACGAAGUAAGCUGAAAACUGAACUCCAUAAAACGUCUGAGGAUAUAAUCCGUAUUAUAUCCACUGUAAUGGGAGCAGAGGAUGCAUCGCCAUCUACCCGACAAGCAGCUGUAGAAUGUGUGGAGCAAUGGGUGAAAUUGCCUGGGGUUGGGCUGCACCAGUGGACACCUGUGCUAUCGGUUGUAUUUGGUGCUGUUUCUGAUGAUAGUGCUGCGCUAACUAAUCUUCUUAAUAUUUUGGCAGCAAAUGAUGAGCUGACUUCCAUUGAUCAGCUUGUGCAGGACAUAUGUCAGUACAUCACAACCGCUGGUGCACAGAUAAUUGCAGCAGAGCUAGCUGAGGAUAUUCAAAGCGAAGAUGUGGUAUCUCUAGUUUCGGCAGUAUGUACUAUUGCAGUAACAUCAGUGCCUACUCUGUUGCGGCAAGCAAAGCAUAAUCCCGCUUUACUCUGCGACCUCUGCUCGUUGUUUUCGAGUAUUUGCUCAUGUGAUGGAGCCUAUGCUAUCGAUGAAAUGAUUUCCGACUUACCAGCCCCAUUUUUCAUGACAUUACGAGAGCAUUUAGGAGCUGCCGCCACUGGAAGCAAGCAUGAUGUGCUUUCCAGUGUUGCCAGGGCCGUGAGCUCAUAUUAUGCUGACGUGUGUCGUGCUGCAGUAGAUAAAAUGUCCUAUCCUCCAGCAGACCGCUUUGAUGAGUACGACAAUUCUCAGAAAGAGCAGUUCGCGAGGUAUCGCAUGGCCCGCAGCGAGGUCUCGAUUGACGCCUAUUUUAUGAUGGGAAAGGAUACGUUACAGUUCUUAAACCGAGAGCUCGGGGCAGCGAUAGAAAAGGGCGAUCUGUGCAGAACGGAAUGUGUCAUGUUUUUCUGGGAAACAGUUGCUGACUAUCUCUCAGAGACGGAUUAUCCAGAAAUUUGUGGGAACCUCGAGUUAUGCACGCGUUUGUCAAGUAUAGGUGAAGGUGCUGAUGCGGACCGAUUAGCGAACACCACUAUGAAGCAUCUGCAUGCUCUUUCGCAUCUUGUGCAAGAGCACGACAACGCAGCUGAACUAGAGGGUCACGUGAUACGGCUUGUUCUUCCGUUUGUUUCUAGAAAAGCCGUUAGCAAGGAGGCAUUGCGAACGCUGGAAAAGUACGUUUCGGAGCGAUCAAAAGGAAUUAUGGUUGUUGGUGAUGAUAUAUCGCAAGUUUGCUACUCAUUUUUCAUGGACGACCACAACGAACAAGCUUUACGUCUUGAGGCUUUGAAGUGUAUAGGAUACGUGUUGUCAAUGAGGCCCAGCAUUGAUGUUAUGGUUUGCGAUGCCGUACGGAAUGCCAUUUCAAAUUUACCGUCGGAGCAUCUGCCUGAGGCGCUUCCAUUAGUGUCGCAACUUCUCGACCAUGCUCUUUUCAGCAAUCCCACUUCUGCCUGCGCUUUAGCCAAGUCUGCUGUAUUGGUUUUUGGACAUUACUCACCAACAGCGUCACCAUUAUGUACCUCAAUACGACAGUGGUUAGAGUCUUUCGCCAAAAAUAUGCCUUUUCAUGCCAUUGACGAAUGGCUUUCGUUGAUAUACCAGAUUGUCAAGAAGAAUUACAAGACGCUACGCGCCAAUGGAGAAAACUCAUUGCCAACUAUAUCAAAUGCCAUUUUAAUCGCUGGGCAGACAUUGGCAGAGUCACAUGAGCCUUGCGUUGUUCGGUUAGCUUCACAAGUGUUGGCUGCAAUUGCAAGUCAAUCUAUUUCCUAUGGAGACGAAGCGCCGCGCCUUCUUUUAGCCAGUCACGGACCGGCACUAGUCAAAACGAUAUUCCUCCGUAUCCAAGUUGAGCUGUUGCGGCCUACUGUCGAAUAUCUAGCUGAAGUGCUGUUCUUCUUCGCUAAGGAGUUCUCUCAAGAGACAAGGAACGUGAUAAACGGACUGGAACAUGGCGAUUCUCCUCUUGUUGCCGCGAUGUUCAGAGAAGUUGGAAAUCUGCGUAAUUUCAAACAGAUGACUCUUCGGCUGAAUAAUGCAUCGAGAAAGGACACUCGCUCGACUACUGGAGCAAUAUCACUAGAAACUGUACAAUGGAAUAUCGUGAAUGCCAUUCUCUCUUUAAAAUGA